UUCGACAAUCACUAAAUGAAAAGAAAGAACGGUCUUACGAUAUAGUUAGAAUUGAUUCUAACUCAUUUUGUUCCGCUAACUCAUAACGUGUCGGAUACUCGCACAUUGUAACGUCCGCUCAGUUGUAAAGACGGAACUAAUUAUCCGAUCGGAGGGAACAUUGAUAUAAUCGAUAAGCGCGCCGUAUGUAAUUAUAUAGAGUGUUAAAAAUAUCACGCUUUAUUUUACAUCACGUACACCCUGCUCGUUACCAAGACUUAACGCAUUGUCGUAAGCGUCGCGCGCGAACUUUUCGUUCGCACACGAAGCCGUGAUCGUGUGGGAAAAAUAUUUUGCAGUUGUCCGUUGUUCGAAAGGGAGUUUCGCGCUUCCGCCGAUAAACGCGAGAUCUCUAGGGGAAGAAGUCUCGGGCGAGACGCGGCGGGGGGGGCAAAUCGAUAGAGGAAACGCACGAUGAGACGUACGAUGAGGGAGAACGUGCCGGCGAUGGUGUAACCUCGCGGGUCACUGGACAUAAGAAAAGAGCGAACGGAAGCUGGAAGAGAGAGAGAGAGAGAGAGAGACACGGUCUUGUCCUUGUGGGCUUUCGACAAUUUAAGCGCCGGCAGGAUCAAAGGUCAUGGCAACGCCGCCGGACUCGCCGGGACCGGAAGAGGCGUUCUUCGACUUCGAGAGCACGAGGGCGAGGCAACAGACCACCAGACCGGUACCUAUAGAGGAACUUCUGCGGCAGACCAAGUUCUCCCGCCAGGAGAUCCGAGUCAUGUACCGAGGCUUCAAGCAGGAGUGUCCCGAGGGAGUAGUGCACGAGGACUCAUUCAAGGACAUUUACGCGAAAUUCUUCCCGCACGGCAACUCCAGUCUCUACGCCCACUACGUGUUCAAGGCCUUCGACGUUAAUUGCAACGGGGCCAUCAGCUUCAGGGACCUUCUCGUGACGCUGUCGACCCUACUGCGGGGUAGCAUUUAUGAGAAACUGAGGUGGACCUUCAAAUUGUACGACAUAAAUGGCGAUGGUUGCAUCACUAGGGGCGAAUUGGGCGAAGUCGUGACAGCGGUCCACGAGCUCAUGGGUAGACGGCAUCACGCCGAAGAGGAUAGGAAAGCGAGAGAACAGCUGGACAGGGUCUUCAAGAAACUCGAUCUCAACCAGGACGGUGUUAUCACGAUCGAGGAGUUUAUCGAGAGUUGUUUGAAGGACGAUGUGAUCACACGGUCGCUGGCGAUGUUCGACUGCGCGCUUUGAUCUCCGGCUAAAGACGAGCCUCCAGCAGCGGUCACCGCGACGCCGCCGACGCCGCCGACGCCGCUCUCGACGACAACAUUCUCACAAUCCCUAUCCCCGUCGCCGCCGCCGCCGUCCUAUUCCCUGCUGCCGCCUAUCCCGCCACCUCUGCCCUCUCAGCCGCCACCUGGUUACACCGUCCAGGAUCAGGAGCUCUAUCUACUCCUGGCUGCCCACUGGUGGAACCAACCAGAGGCGCCGCUCUUUUGUUGAAGGGCAAUGCGAUAAUACGGCUCCUAGCAACGUAGAGUAGCAAUCGAGGUCUAAAUCUGUAGAAUCGAAGAGCGGAUUUUCCAGCAUCUUAUUGCCUCUUCGUUCUGCAAAACGUUACGCAAGCAGUACGAGGAUACGAUGCAAGAUGUUCUUAUUCUCGCCAUCGAACGGAGCUUAGCGGAAGACUCCAUUGCCAUUUCGAUAACAACACGUGGAAAACGAAGAGACCGUUUCAUCUACACGGACAAUCUCGUGACGAUGAUCGCCAGAUAUCUUGGCAAUCAUGGAAACGACGAAAUUGGCGUCGAUCUCUGGCAAGAAUUUAGCGAAAUUACAAGAACUUGAUCUAAGGUCAAACUGUAUAUUAAUACUCGAGAUAGGUACCUGGCGUAGCUCCUAUAUUAUGAUCUCUCGCGCUUUGUGAAGAAUAGUGUCUAAGAAAAGGACGCCCUCGAAAGUGAAAAGAUGCUGAUCGAGGUUCGAGUAAGAUACGAUCGACUUCCCUUUCUACGAUUCGUCGCGAGAAGAUUCAGUGAUCAAAGAACCCUGGUAUCACGAAUUUGUGCCAAAUUUAUGGGAUUUUCAGACGACGACGACGACGAUGGAACGGGAGAAACGGCGGGGAAGGUACUAUAUGCGUGGCUGUGAGUUGGAAAUUACGACACAAGAACAAGGAUUCUAAAUUAUUAAAAAAAAAAAAAAAAAAAAAAAAAAAAAUUAUACAUCACUCAGGGGAUGUCGCAUCCAGUUGCAGACGUUCGUGUUAUUUGCACAAUUCUGUUUCCACGGUAGGUGCUAAAAACGAAAAAUUAUAACGAAUCGGUCGCGUGAAUUUGCGUUAUCUCAUGACUCACGGGAGAUCGUGUGAUUCAUUUGGAAACACAUUUUCUCCUAUACUUGAGUAUAGCUUCUCCCUAAUAAUAGAUUUCUUUCUCCCAAUGCUUCGUGCGGUUGCAUUAAAAAAGAAUUUUCCGCGUUGAAAGUGAUUAACUGAAUUCCCCUCGUAGAUUAUCAUUUUACAUUCGAAAAAAUGUUAUUUGUUUAAAGGAAAAUACAUCAUAUGGUUAUAUAUACAGGGUACAUCUUGCCCUUACUUAUUACGUUGUCUCUUGACAGCGACCUCUUCUCAGAUGAUUCAGGGACCCUGUAUAAUGUAAUACACGCGAAUUGACUUUUCUAUCGUCUAUCGUUUGAUUCAAGCACUCCGCAUAAUUGUUAUAACAUUCGUUAAUUUUCGUUAUAUUCUCCGCGAUUACGACCACUUAUCAUGAUCGCGUGGCCGUGACAAUUGUGCAUCGUGAAGAUAAGGCAAGAUUGAUUUAAACCGUUCUAUCUACGUAGAAACGUGGAUCGCAGGUCGCAAAUAGAUGCAGCGUGACGUAUUUCCGGUUGCGGGAUGCAGAACGCAAAAUGCAGGACGCAGGACGCGACGUUGAAGUUUAUCCGAACUUUACUGCGUUCUACGUCCUGCAACCUAUAAAGCUGGAUCUUACACGCCACGCAGAACGAGGGUCGCAGAUCACGAGACUAGUAACUAAUUCGAUGUAUUUUAAUUACAAUAGGCUGCAGGACAUAGAACGGAGGGCGCGGGAAGUUGGAUGGACUUCAAUUUUCGCGUCCUGCGUAUUGCAACUUGCUACCUAUAAUUUGAAAUACAUUUUAGUUGCGACCUGGGACCUGCUGCACUCUGUGUGCUGUUUAGAGGCGGCUUUGUACGUUUCGGCCGUAGCCAUGCAUCUCCCCCAAUUAAAUUGUUAGUCACACGAUCGUUGACGAUCGUAGAUAUCAUACAUAUGUAUUUUCGUUGGUAGGUUCGUAGGUUGACACUUCGUUGUACGCCCUUUUCUAGACCCAUCGAUUCUAACGGGCCGCGCAGGCAUUCAAUAUUUCUGCUGACAAAGGGUAUGGCCAAUUUUUUCUAUACAAAAUUCAUACCCUUCGACCGAUACUCGUUUAUCAAUAAAAUCAAUAUAUCUACUUGUUCCGAUCUAUGGUCAAUUUUUUCCCCCCCCCUUUCGCAUCGGUGUUGUAUCAGAGCGUACACGUCGAUGGCUUAUCGGGCAAGUACUUUUGGUCCUAUCAGUCCCUAUUUUCCUGCCACUCUUUUCUUAGUGGUAUAGUUUCGCAAUAUCUGCCAUUCAAUCGUGUAUAUAUAUAUAUAUAUCACCGAUAUUGAAACACUGAUAAGAGAUAUUGAUCGCCUGCGGACUCCUGAGCGUUCAUAGCGUGUAACAUGUUGUAGGUGUACGUGCGUGAAGCAUCGAUUUUCUAAUGUAUCCGUUAUUACGAGUCGUAGGCGUGCGAGUGUGCGGACGUACGUCAGACUAGCUGAAGUAGCGGAAGCCUGAGCGGCGAUUUAUGGAUAUUAUCAAAAUCGAUUACAAUGAAACACCAAAGCUACCGUAGUUAGCUAUUACUUAAGUAUAAACGAGAAUAAUAAUAUGGUACGAUUUAUAUAUAUAUACAUACAUGU